AUGAAAAAUUCCAAUCGCAAGAACAACCAUUCAGGUAUCCAUUAAUUUCUAACUUUUAGCUAUCAAUCAAGCAUAAUUUAUUUAUGGGAAAAAACUAAUUAAGAACAAUUAUUAUUAUGCCGUUAAAUGGUUAGGAUAACCCAUUUCUAACAUGUCUUGGGAAAAGUAAUCUAAUUUCACUGAAGAAUCUUCCUAUUUAAUCAGGUAGUAUAUUUCAAUUAUUAAUUUUUAUAUAGACGCUUUGAAACUAGGAUUGCCUAUUUAUUCUACAAUAAAAAGAUUUAUCCCUCCCAAGAUGGUAUAAGAAUUCAUGUUAAAAGCAAAUUUUGUUAAGUUUACACUCCCUAAACGAAUUAAAAAAGUAAGUCUAUUUAGGAUCAUUAAUGGAAAAUGUAAAGUAUUUCUAACAAAUUCAUUUAAACCUCAUCUAUCAUCAACUAAAACUUAAAAGAUGUUACCCUUAACACUUAGGAUUCUAAAUUAGACUCAAAAAGAGUGGUAGUGUAAUUUGCUCCUCUGCCUCCUUUUAUCGGAGAAAAUUAGAUCAAGUAGAUGAUAGUUACUACCUAAUCAAUGACAAAUUUGAAUUAGGUUGUUAAAUAGGAGUCAACAAUUGAAAGAGACAUCAAAUUAUUAAACUAAAUAGAGAAAAUUUAGAAAAAGAUAAAUGAAUAAUAAAAAAUUCAAUAAAUAGAAGUUCAAAAUGAGUAACAAAAAAUUAAUAAUUAGAAACCUUAGAUUUUAAAUAAUAGUAAAAUAGUAAAAAAAAGUUCUAAGAAAUCAAACUCAAACGAAAAGAAGAACAAGAUCAAUUAAUCAUAAUAGUAAAAGGUUAUGAGUAAUUUAGAAUCAUCUAAGGUAGAAAUUAAAAAGUAAUUGUUCGACUAAGAAAGGAAGAAAAAAUUAUGUCCAUCAUCAAGUGAUUUUAUAUCUAUUGAAAAUGGUGAUGAAUCUUUUUAAUUGGAAUUAUAAAAUUUUGAUGAGGUUUUUGAUAACAAUUAACCUGUUAUUCAUCAAGCUAAUCCAAUGCCUAAUUAAUUUAAUAAUAAAAAUAGUUAAACAAAUUUAGAAGGACCUCAAUUAAAUAAUAAAAAUGGAUCGAAUAAAUAAAAAUGUAGAGCAGUAAAAUCUGGAAAUUUACUGUCAUUUUAAAAGAUAAAUCCUUCUGCAUAAGUAGCAUCAAUAAUUGCUAGUAAUAAUAACAAUGAUAAUACUUAUUAAUAAACUAGUAAUAAAUUCAAUAAUCACAAAAAUACUUCUAAUGAUAACUCUAACUUAAUUGAUAAUGAUGGCGAUGAUGAUCAUAAAAAUAUUUUGAAUAGGUUAUCAAAUAACAACAAAAGCGAAAAUUCAAGCUCUAUAAAUAACGUUAGUUUAAAUUAAAGCAUCAACUAAUCUGAAGAGAAGAAAUCAGAAAAGGAUAAUAUUUUAGAUAAAAUUUUAUAUUAAAAGCCAAAAGAGAAUGAUAAUUUAGAGUAAAGCAGAUAACCUAAACAAUAAAACCAGGUAAAAACAAGUCAAUAAAUUUAAUAAGAGAUCUAAAAACUUCAAUUAGAUAGAAUUGCUUAAAAUAAACCAAGUAGGUGCAGUGUACCUAUAAUACCAAGAAUAAAAGAUGUUGAAAUUUAGGUUUGUUUUGUUGAUAAUCAUGAAUCGAAGAUGAUUCAGUAUGAUUAAGAAUUAAAUUAAAUAAAAAGUUACAAUAUAAUAAUUUCUACUAUUUGCUCACAUUAGUUAUUGAAUGAGCAAUUGUUUUUUCAAUGUCAGUACGAUAAUGGUAUAGAAUAUUUUGUUGAAUAUGAUGAAUUGAAAGUCUUUAGCCCAACAAAACUAUUAGAUUAUAUGAUAUAAAAUUCUAUAUUAAUUUGA